AUGGAUAAAUCGGAUCUCACAGAACAAGAAAAAGUUAAAGAGCUCUUAAAGGAGAUACAACUUGAGCAAUUCUAUCGACAGAUUCAUGGCAAAUUACACAUCACUCGAUUAUCACAUUUUGAUCACGUUACAGAGGAAGAUCUUGAUGAUCUAGGAAUGGCUAAACCAGAGCAGCGAAGGCUCUUCGAAGCGCUCAAGAAAGCAAAGAAAAAGUCUCUUUUCAGUAGUUUUAGACGAAAGGUAAGGUUAUUAAUUUAGAUUUUAAGGAUUACGGCUCGCUGAGUCAUUUCGUGUGGGUGGCAAUAUUUUGACUACGCUCGUAACCGCACUCUGUUAAUUCCUUCGCUUUCUUGUUAAAUUCCCACUGGAACACUUUUGUAAGUGACGUUUAGACGUUUUUCCCUUUACAAUAGAUACGGCUUUUGACGGCUUAUAAAUUUUGCAUCGUAUAUCCCUUCACAUCGUUUGUAAGAAAAACAUAGGUAAAGUACAAGCGAAAUUAUUUUAGACAAUUCAAGUUCUCGUUGAUCGACGUGCCGACGGUUUUGAAGCUCUCACCGUUUAUUUGAGAUGUUUAGUAAAUCUAAGAGCAUUUUAAGUCUGAUAUCAAGUUGAAAGUCACAUGGCCAAUGAAGCCACACAUGGCCAUUGAAGCAACGAAAAAAAUGUUUUCACUCAGUUAUGGACAUACAAUCAGCCCAUCCUAGUCUAACCUCCAACUACGAAAGUUCACGUGGCGACGGCAAAUUUUCGAAAAGCGGAAGUUCUGAUUUGUAUUAAACGAAUUAUUAUUUUUGUUCAGUCUACGUACGGUCACUGGUUCUUUGUGACCCGAUCGAAUGAUUAAACCAACUGUUAGUCAAACCUUCAGUAAAGAUUUUUAUUUCUUAAGGCGUGUUACAUAUUUUCGUGUGAUGAAACUGUAAACAAACCAUUCUUCGCACGUUUUGAAAUUAGCAUAAUAAACUGAACCCCCGCGAAAGCGGAAUUCCUGACAAAUUUCACUUAGUUGUUGCUGCGUGUUUUACGUUUUAUAAUACCCAUGAGAUCCAUUUUUUUGCUUUAGCUAGUAGAAGAGCCUAUGUUAUGAGGACGCAUCAACGAGUAAAAUAAAAGUUAUGUUUCGCUGCACGUGCAGAUUCAUGUAUUGAACUCUCAAAAAUGAUUGAUGAGGGACAUUGCAAUUUACGUACGAAUUUAUCGCUUUACGUGAUAAAAAUUUCAGUUUCUUUGACGAAGCGAUGAAACAUCUUUUCUUUGGUGAUUUUAAUUAUUUUAUUUGGUGGCACAAAAUGCAUAAAGUCUGGCUCAUGAUUUCUGCCAUUUCCGCGAAGAGUUUUCAAAGCUUUACAUAGAGCUCACCUAUGUGUACACAUUGAAUUGGCACUUUGUUGGCGAAAAAGCGUUGCAAUGUGCUUGGAGUGAAUAAAUCUUUUAUCUUUAGCUGCCUACAUGCUAUGGAUAAUGACACAAUACCCAUGCACAAAGUCAAGUAUUGCUUUGAUGUAACCAAACUGUUACUUUAUUAUAUUUUUUGCUAUCCACCAUACAGUGUAAACAAUAAUAAACAAUAACAAUAAUCCAUGAAACCUAUUGGAAUCCUUCUCUCUCAAACUGUCCAUCUUUUAACCUUAAUCCCUUCCCACUUCAUUAAAGAAUGCCAAAGCAUUCUCCUUUUCUGUCUAAAAACUGCAAAAUAAAUUUAUUUUUCUACUGAAGGGCUGUCUGCAUUUCGUAUUCUUGGUUGCUAUCCUUAAAAAAUUAGAAUUUCUAAGUUGUUGCUACUACAGUUAUUUUGGCACGUCUCACCACUUGAUUGAUGAGUGGUAUAAGUUCUGUAGCACUAUAGGACCUGCCAACCCUCAUGAUUUCUCUGUCAGUGAGACUUUUUUAUCAGUCUUGUUUCACAGUCUCGUUGUGACUCCAAAGGAACAUUCUUUUUUAAUAAUUAAUACAUCAACUUUUGUAAAGAAAUAUGGAAAGUUUUUACAGGGCCAUAGGCUCUUAAUGGCCUUGCCAAAACUCCAGAAUUUAUCCAGCAAAGUUGUUGGUACUGUAUCACUUUUUAUGAUGGGUCCAGACCCACUUUUUCUGUAGCAUAGAUGCACCUUAAAUCUUGGGUGUUGGGUACCCACUCUGUGUCCUCUGUCCAAUUUUCAUUGAAGUUUAAAAAAAAAAAGAAAAGAAUCCAAAACACAAUGGAUUAAAAUGAUGAAAUUAAAGAAACAUUUUCCAUGUUCCCAGACCCAGGCCUUCAUAUUAUUGUGCCUUUGAUUGCGAUCUCAGCCUUUUUGAAAUUAUUUGUUGUCUGGCUGGCAGGCUAAAGAAAGUUCUGUCUCUGUUUAGCUAUACCUAAGCAGGAAAGAUUGCGGGCUUUGUUUGUGCAAAAUCACAUGUUCAGUUUUGCCUCCAAUAACUGACCAAGCUUGUUUGAGCAAGGUGGCUGGAUAUUGGUCUCAUUCUUUUUUUUUGGCAUCUUUAUGGACCUUUACAUGCACAUAAAAAUGCUCAAAAAGAACUAGACCAAUAUCCCAAGCCAUCUUACAUGUAACCUUUCACUUGGUCAAUGUAUUUGUAUAGUGGGUUAUACAUUGUAUUAUAUCUAUUUUUUUACUAGUUAUAGCUAUCACUAAGUGCCAACGAGCAAAGAUUUUACCUAUAGGUGUGCUCUGUUUAAUUUGUUUAGAAAAGUCAUGGAUUAUCUGUGACAAUAAAAAAAUUCCAGCAGGCAAAUGCAACAGCUAUAUGCGUAUGUUGCAAAUGAAUCCACCCAAUGAUUGGUUGAGGACAGGGCGAGCACGGGACUCACAAACAUGCACAUGGCUCGUGUAUUCUCUGUUCUGUGUCAUGUGUUCACUCAAAAACAAUGCAUUCUCUGUUCUGCAUUAUGUCAUAAAAGUUACCUUACACUACCUUAUGUUACAUUGCUUCAAGAUCCAUUCUGUCUUGGAAGUUUCAUGCACAGCCUUAGGCUGCCUGUUGGCAAUACAUGUAAUAUUAUAUUCUUUAAUGACUGUAUUCUGCAGUAAGAAAUAAAUGAACUUAACUCUGGAAAUUAAUGAUCAUUGUUUUAGCAUUUAUAUUACAUCGAAAUGUCUAGAAAUCUGUUUGAAAUAAAAUAUUCCGAUAUAUGUAAUAUUUAAUUGGUCCAAAAAUCAUGGUAAAAAAGAUUUGUAACAUGACUUUUGUAUAUCCUUAUUCUGGAAUAUUUUACAAUCAUUUGAACUUACCCUUCAUUUACGGAAGAAAAAAAAAUAAGAUGGUAAUUAAUUGAAUUUAAACUAAAUAAACCUAUACAAUGUUUUUUUUUUCUAUAGCAAUGUGUUUUAUAUUUUGUAGAAAACAAAGAAAACAGAAUCCCGUAGUGACUCCACAGCAGAGCGGAUGAGUUGUUAUGGUGUGUCUGGUGAUUCCUUAACUUGUCUCAUUAGUGAGCAGUCUCUCACACUUUUUGAGAUGCUUGGAAAUGGAGCCUUUGGUUAUGUAAGACGAGGAAAAUGGGUGAAAAGCUCUCUCAAGAAGGUACUUUGUUUUUCUUGAAAAUUAAUUAAUAACUCUCUUUCAGUGUUUGUCUCUUGCAUCUGCAUAAUCUUCAUGUUGAAACCUGCAUUAAAGGGGUAACUUUUUUACACUGUGUCAUCGCUGGCUAGGUAAAUGAAAAUUUCAUGCCGUCUUUCAUAAGGGAACACAAAAUUCAAGUACUGUUGCAAAAUAACAGCUUAUUAGUUAUAAACAAAUUGGUCUCCCCAACAUUAUCCCAAACAUUUCAAACAACAAAAAUGAACUUUGAAAAGCUGUUAGAUAACAAGUUUUCAAAAACCCGAAAUUGCAAUCCGGUUGAAAUCUUGGAUUUUCUCCAUCCAUACGCAUUUGUAUUUUCUCUUUUAUUUAUACCUUUUGUAAUGCUUUAAGGAUUCAGACCCAUUGCCUGUUUAAAAACAGAUCAAAAAAAGGAACUUAAGAUAAGCACUGUAGCUAAAGAAAAUGAUUCAGCUAGUGCUUAGACCAUUAUAACAAUACAUGCAGUGAUCUUCUGGACCCUUCCAGUCCUAGACAAAAUUAUGGUGAUAUUAUUUUUCAGUCAUGAUCUAUAAGUUUUGUACCUGUGGAGGAAAUCCUCUUGUGUUAUCAUUUUAAAUAAAACCUCUGUGAGAGAACUUUAGCAUGGUACUAUUUAUUUCUUUGGAUUUCAAUUUAAGGUGAAAUUUUACUUUGGACCAUUAAUUCUGGUUUUAUUAGGAGUAAAAGGUUGAAAGUGCCUUUUGGUAAUAUUGUACAAUCAUGUAUGAGUAUCAGUUUUACAUGCAAUGCAAUGACAGCAUGUUCGUGCCAAAUAAUUUUCUUUUAAAGGUCAAUGUGGCGGUAAAGUGUUUGAGAGCAUGGAAUGACAAGGCAUUUAUACAGAUGCAGAUGGAUUUUAUCAAAGAAGCUAAUGCAAUGAGUUUGCUGGAUCAUCCACAUAUAAUCAAACUCUAUGGUAUAGUGCUGUCAACCCCAAUGAUGCUGGUAAGUUUAUACACAGAACACUGUAAAUCAGAAAGAUCUGUUUCAGCCCUAAAAAUGGGGCUGUUUUGGUGGGUAAAAUACGGUCCUAUAAGAGUCUAAUUUGGCUUCCUAAAUCAGGGCCAAUAGUCCGAUUACUUAGGGAUGAUUUGAACCCAAGGGCUGACAUGGGCCCCUUAGGUGGGCUGGAAUAGCCUUUUGAUUGAGCUGUUUUGGCUUACAUUAAUUGUGCUCAAAUGGCUCCAGAAGGGGCUUAUUAUUUUUUUAACCUGAAGGGCUGAAUUGGCACUUCGGGGCUGAAACAGAUCUUCUUAAUUUUCAGUGUACAUUGUGCUAAGUCUUUCUGUGGACGUUCAAAAGAUGGAUCAUAGUCUGGUCUGGGAGGGUUUUUUUCUGGGAUUUGGGAUUUGACCAACAUGCAGUGCAGACUUGUGGAAAACGCAAGGUGUCUUAAGGGGAGAUGGGAUUUUACAGCUACCCAGGAAAUGGGAUUUGCCAAAAUUUAAGCAUGGGAUUCAUUUUGUUUUGUUUUGUUUUGUGUCUUUUUUUUUGCUUCUACAUGUAUGUUGGGAAUUUGGGAAAUCAUUUGUUUAAGUGGCAAAUGUGAAUCAACCAGGUGUGCGCUAAGUGUUGUCUCCUUUCAAACCAAACUAUAGGGUGCGCUUUGUUAGUUCAUUUUAUUUUAUUUUCUUCGGAAACAAAAGAGGAAUUCGGGAAAGGGAUGAAAAAAUAGCUAGAUGCGGGAUUUUGAUAAAAAAGGAGCAGAAAUAUGAUAUCAGGACUCCGCCUCCAGACCUUUUUGGGUAUUGCUUAGACAUGAGAAUUUUUGUCAGCAGAAAAAAAUUCUGUUUCCUCUCUGAGAUCUAUGACUCCCUGCAGGAACUCUUUGAAGUAACAGAAACAUUAUUUUUGACAUAUUUAAAUUAAGCCCUGCAUUGUUGUAAAAUGGUCAUCAACCUUUCUUUUAAAGGUCACAGAACUAGCUCCUCUUGGCUGUCUGCUUGCCAGACUUAGAAAUGAGCCUCAAAGCUUCACAAUUAGUGGACUGAGUGAUUUUGUGGUUCAGAUCGCAUCAGGAAUGGCUUACCUGGAGUCCCAGAGAUUUGUUCAUCGGGAUCUUGCAGCUCGAAAUGUUUUGCUAGAGUCUUAUGAGAAAGUCAAGAUUGGUGACUUUGGUAUGAUGCGUGUUCUGUCAGAAGAGGAUGAUCACUAUACUAUGCACCCCAGUGGCAAAAUGCCAUUUGCUUGGUAGGUUUCAACAGUUAACUUUCUUUGUAGGUUCAAGACUACUUACAGUGCAACUACUGUCAUCGUGGUCAACUAGACAAAGUUCACCAAUAGGAUCACAGGAAAAUAACAAUAUGUUCUGAAAAAAGUUGGUUGUCAAUCAUAAUUACUAAGAAACAAAAUAAACAACAUGGAUCAACAUUAGCCAAUAAUCCAAUCCUCUUGCUCGGUUUUCUUGAAGUACAGUGUAACACAGCGGUUUUGUUACCUCAGUGUCCUGCGUCCCUGAUGCAUAAAAAUCCCCACAGAUGCAAAAUAAUUCAUGACAUGCAUCCCGUAGGAUGCAAAGAUUGAUCAAUAAUUGGUCUGAAGAUAUUUUUUGAAGAAUAUCCUGUUCUUGUGAUUUUUGUGGCCGUCAUUUUGGCUGUUGUUUAAAAGAAGAAAAAGGACUAUAUUUUUCAUUAAUAUUUUAGUAAACUGUAAUAAAGAGGUUGGGAGUCUGUCUUUAGAAUAACUGUCUGGUUUUAUAAAAAUUAAUGCCCUUUCAUUUUGUGACUUUUCUUUUUCAACUGGGACUCAGUGAUUCAGGACUGGGACUCAUGAUUUUUCACAAGAUGUGUCUCAUGAUUCACUAUAACUAUUUGUAACAAAAUCACUGGUAACACUUCAUUUCUUGGAGGCAUGUGUGGCCAAGUGGUUGAUGCCUCAAACUCCAGAUGUGGAGGUCUGGGGUAAAACCUAGCCUGUCACGUUGUUUCCCUAGACAAGGAACUUUACUCCACUUUGUCUCUCCUCACCCAGUUGUAUAAAUGGGUACCGCUGACGUAUUUCUUGGAGGAGGGGGGUGGGGGCAGUGGGGUAACCCUGUCAUGGACUAGCAUCCCAUUCUUGGGGGACUAGCAAUAUAUACUUCAUGCUAAGGAAACCAGGAUGAGCUCCGACCAUUUCAGCCUUAAGUUCAUGUGCGCCUUUAACUUUAUUAAUAUUUUAUUAUUUUUUUAUUUCUUUUUUAAAUUUUGUCACCCUUACAGCAACAAACUUGUUGACAAAUUCCUGUGAUGUUUUUCUUUUAAAUCAAACCCUACUGCAGAAGUUUUGCAUAGCAUUAUCUAUUUCUUUUGAUUUUACAAUUAACAAAAUUGAAUUUUUGUGAAUCUUUAUUUUUCAUCAGCCUUUACUGUAACUACAUGUAUAACAAGUGAAUUCAUUUGGUUUGAUUAUCUUGCAACCACAUGAUAAUCUUUAGUAAGGAUAUUUUUAGUCAAGUAUUGUACAACUUUCUACAAGCCAAUAAGGUCAAUUAAGUCUUCCUAUCUACUUUCAGGUGUCCACAGGAAGUUCUCAAGUUCCGUAAGUUCUCUCAUGCUUCUGAUGUGUGGGCAUUUGGGAUCACUGUGCUGGAGUUGUUUUCAUAUGGAAUGGAGCCAUGGCCAGGGCUAAAUGGAGCUGAGGUGAGCAGAGGAUCAAAGCAAGGUCUUCUCUCUAUGCAAGUUCAUAGUAUUAACAGGGGCUUUUAAAGGAGUUAUGUCACGUCACAGUAUUUAAUUGCUAUCUUCUUAAAAAGCUAAAUUUUUUCUGAUGUCCAUUGAAUUUCAAAAAAAAACUGGUCCAGUUGUUAUUUAGGACAUUAUAUUUAUUAAAGCAGUGACUUUUUUUCCUCUGUGUCCUGCAUCCCUGACACAAAAAAAUCCCUAAAGAUACAAAAUAAUCCAUGGCAUGCAACCCGUACAACGCAAAGAUCGAUCAAUCAAUCUGAGCAUCAUGUGUUUCUGUCAAAAUGUCCGGCCUGUUCGUAUAAUUUCUGUGGCAGUCAUUGUGGUUGUUGUUUAACGGAGAAUAUAUCUUUUAGCCUUUGUUGUGCUUCGAAAUAGAAGGACUAUAUUUUAAUUUCAGUGUACUGUGUAGUAUGAGUUUUUGAGUCUGUCUUCAGAAAAACUGUCUGGUUACAUAAAGGCCCAAGCAUUUUCAAUUUCAGACUGAUUGUUUUUUUAACUGGAACUCAUUGUAGUCAGGUCUCUUAGGGUCAGGAUCGUUACAGAGUUGACAAAAGCACCAAACUUUGCACAGCGAUAGCUUAUUGCAUUACCAUGAAUAUUAGAGGGGGUGCCCACUGCAAAUAUGCCACUGAAGCGUGCUAAACAGGAUUUAAUUAUUGUAAAUUUCACCUGCUGGGGUCCCUGUGGUGUUUUGAUUGAAAAUUGUUAUUUAAUACCUUAAAUCACUCUGAAUUCUAUUGUCAUGUUGCAAACAACAAUUUCACUCGAACAUCUGGCAUUCCCAUCAAUUUUUGCUUAUUGAUUGUAUAAUCAAGUUGAUUAUUACUGUGCCCUUAAAGCAAGUCCACAGUCCGCCCACAUUUUCAUAAGUCAUUUCUAAGAUGGCCUCGUCUUUGCUUCAUAACUUGCAAGCACUCAGCUUCUGGGCUUUUCUUCUCCUUUUCUAAUGUAUUUCAAUUAGAGGAGGCCUUAUCGUGUGGCUUAAGUCUUAUUUGUCAAGUAUUACUUGUCAUUACAUGUCACUUUAAGCUGAAGAAAGCGUAUGGCAUAGCGAUUCACACACAAAAUUUCAGAAAAAAGAAAUUGUCAAAGAGUCUGUUGUAUCACAUAUUAUCAGGGAUUUAUGACAGCUAUUCAUGAAGAGCAAAUAACAAAAUGACAGAAUCCAAAAUAGUUCUUUCCUAGGGAGGUAAUUAAUUUUUCAGCUUAACAUAGGCCUGGAUGCCUUUCAGUCUCUCUUAUCCAGUUAUCUGCUGGACGCAAGUGCAUGUUUUGACAGAGAAGCAAGCACCGUGGCACAAGUCAUAUCAUUUACAAUUUCCGCAGUUUGUCUAGGCUUUACAAAGCAAAAACAAAGAAAAAAGAAUCUGGUCUCAUAAACAAAAAAAAGAAACAAGUUAGCCCAAGCUUCAAAAAACAGCACAGUUUAUCACGAAGCCUCUACAUUUGGCACUGAAGCACUCAUGUCCAAAAAUAAUAACAGCUUAUCAAGUCGUAAAAGUGAAACUCAAGUGGUACAAGAUUGACUCAAAUGAUAAAUGGUGAAUAGUUUAACUGCUGAAACUGUAGAAAGGGGGCCGGGCUAACUUUUAGGGCCUGUUUACAUGGAGGAGGGGGACCCCAGGUAGGAAUGGUAACCCACUUAGGUGGGGUAACCCGUCUGUCCAUAUAAUCUCUCAUUUUAAUUUGAUCACGUUUACAUGAUAGGUGGGGUCACCCUUCAAGGUGGGUAGCCCGGUCUGCAACACCAGGUAACCCUCUCAGCUGAGGUCAAAUUUUGCCAUGUCAGCGUUUCAAGGUGAGGUAACCCAGGCUAGUCGGGGCUGGAUACGUGAUACAUCAAAUUCGCGCAAAAUUCACUUUAGCGCUGGGUGGCUUCACAUAAUUAUUAAAGGUAACAACAGAAAGCCACAACACUGAAGGUUGCAGCAAGAGCAGCAAUUGAGCGUAGACGUCGUUUGCCAGCAUUUUUCUUGUUUACAUGCUUAGCGACCAUUCAAUAAUCUUGAGAAACUGCACCCCAGGAUGGCGGGGUUGUAAGAUUGCAUGUAAAGGAGGGUUGUUUUUUUACCCACCUAAACAGGUUAUCUCACCUACCUGGGGUCCCCCACCUUUAUGUUAACAGGCCCUAAGUCUCAGGAACCGUGAAACUGGUAAUAAACGGUAUACCUAACCCGGGACUAGCUGUGAUACUACCGGCCAUCUUCAAGAACGUCAGCAUAGCAGCCAAAGAAGACAUUAUAUCAGUGUAAAAUGAAUAUUAGAUUGCGGUUGUUUCAUGCGUCUCGUUUUGUGACUUUUUUGUGUUCGUUUUUGUCACCAUCUCUAAAUAUCAAUCAUGUUCAAAACACCCCUACUAACAAAAUAUUUCGUAAAGCUCUUUAGAAUGUUUUUCAGCAAUAAAAACAAGGUGUGACCAGGAGCCGAUUUCUAGGCUCCUGGUGUGGCAACAUAGGCAUAAGUGAAUGCAAAGUUUUGCAGUACGUAAUCUGUCAAAAAUCUGUUUGAGUGGUCAAAGUUGGGGCUGAAGGGCUUCUUUAUCAUGACCACUCCAUUAUUAUAAGGGACCAGGCCAUAAUUAUUGUUGACCCUUGCUUUUUUUGGUAUUUUAUGUAAUUUUCCACAGCAUUAUUUUGUGAAAAGUUGGUAACUGAAUUGCUCUUGAGGAAUAAUUCAUGAUCGUAAGAUUUCGCCCGUACGAAACUUGCAGCGCUGUACAGCGCCACAAAAUCGCUGCAAAAUAGCUGUACAGCUAAAUUACAGCUGUUCAGCAGCCUUUUAGAAGCCAAACAGCAGCUUCAUUAGAGUUGCAGCGGGAUGCAAAAGCGCUGUGCAGCCUUUGAAGGCUCUUUGAAGCUCUCGGCAGCGGUUUUGCAGCGCAGUUGCCGACUUUCAAACGCUGCGAAGUAGCUGCAGUAACGCUACAAGCUGCGGUCGAUCUGACUUUCUUGAGCGCCAAUAACAUGAAUCGCCAGAUAAAGCCUUGGCACAGAUUACGGCUUUUAUAACGCGAAAACUUUGACUGUACCUCUAAGAAAUGUGAGUAAGCUUGUGCGCAAAGAAGAUCACUUAUUGAAUAAACCUCCAAAUCCUAUGCUUUCGGAAUAAAGAUUUCAAUAAAUUUCAUUCCGUGACCGGCGAGUGUGGGAAUUGUAUCGCUAAUUCCCUGGAGACAUUCUAGGCCGUAAUCUAAUUGGUCGGUCCUUUUGCAUGAGAUCCCAUUACAUCUCUAGACAAACACAGAACAUAUGCGACCGUUGAAUGAAAGGCGCAAACAUUCUAAGUUUUUUUGCAUCUAGUUCUGUUUCGAGAUGGAAGUUCUGUUGAAGUUUUUGGAUGGAACAGCUCAAACGUAUUUGCAAACAACGCACUGAACAGUGACUUCUACGCUAAGUAUCGACGAAUCGAACCAGAGCAAGCAACACAGAUACAAGAAUCUCAGAUGGGGUUCGCACUUACAAGAUUCUUAUACGCUCGUGGUAAUGUUCGUUCCUUAGUCCAUUAACGACGACCAAAGUAAAAUUGGGUUGAUUUCUUUCAUGAAAAAAGUGUAGAAGAUAGUGGAUCAUGGACGAAACGUCAAGGUGAGCAAUGUCCAGCUUAGCCCGUUGCAACGAAUCAAAAUAUCAUUUGCCUAAUGGCCGUGCAUGUAAACUUUAUGUAGAACAAUCGAUGUUAUUCUCUUUAUUUUUAAAAAAGAUAAUUUUCAAUGUCUGCAUGUUAAUGGAUGUUCUUACAUUCAGAUGAGUGACCGUGAUUGCUAAAUAUUUACAAAGCGAGACUGUUGCAGAUUUGUUCUAUGUCACGUGCUUUUGUAACGUGUACGCGUGGAUACUAAUAAAGUAUAAGUUGCAUUUUGACUUUCUAGUGGUUUUUACUCUGCUACUAAGCCGGUUUAGGCAAAUGCCAUAAUUCUUUGAAUUUUUGUACACGUUUGCAGCUAUUUGGCAGCGCUGACAGCGUUUUUGUGUGUCCUUUCCACCGCUGCUAAACCGCUGCUUUUCGCUUUCAAACGGCUUCAUAGCGCUGCCCCGAACAGCCAAAAUUUGCGACUGCUGCAGCCAGCCUCUUUGCAGCUAUUCUGCAGCGCUUCUUGAAGCCAUUCUGCAGCGCUGCAACAGCGCUGCGCGUUUCGUACGGGCGUAACCACGGGGUUACGAAACAAAUUACAUUUGGGUCAUCAAAUUCAUCAAUUAUAUUUCGGUCAUCAAACAAAUUACAUACAUUUUCAUAAAUGAUGCAUCAUUGGUUGGCUAAAAGAGGCCUUGUUCCUGUAAAUCUCAACUCUUCUGAAGUUAGUUUGUUUGUUAAUUGUAACGCACACGACGACCUUCCUUUUUUUGAAAGACCGUAUAGACCUACCAUUAACACUCUGGUCCAAGCGCUCUGAAGUGAAUGAGCCGCUUACAGGUGUCUAGGCAUGCAGGGACCUCAUACACUUCUUUUUAAAUGCAAAUGUGCAAAAAAUAAAGAGUGUUAAAAAUUCCUGGAGAGGCAUUCUUUACAACCUCGUCCCCAGGGCAUAAUAAAAAGGUAGAAAAAGGUAAAGCGACCAUAUUUUACGUCAAUAACUCGUGACAGUAAUAAUAACUGAUAAACUUGAGGUCGACGGUGCGAUCCUUUUACCCCCCUCUCUCCAUUAAUUCCCCGUUUUAAGGGUAUUUAAAGCUAGCCAAAGCUACACAGAAAAAAGAGAAGUUGAAAUAAGGAGGUGUUGACACCGGGCUCGAACUCGGGACCUCUCGCCCCAAAGGCUGCGCACUAACCAACUGUGCCACCCUUGCUCCUCCUUUUCCCCCUGAGGACGAGGUUGACAUGUUUUAAUCAUUAUCUCAAGGACAGGGUUACCAACGAAGCAAAUUAUAAUCUAAUCUUAGCUGCACAAUAACAAAGUGGGCGCAUUGUCAGUUACGGUUCAUGAGGUGGUUCAUGUGGCGUGUCAAACUUUAACGAUUGUGAUACAUUUGAGUUUUAUGUUAUUGUAUGACAUCUUUGAAAGCUGGCUUUGUGAUCUGUUUAAAUUGAUAUGUAAUGAUAUUAUCACUGGCAAAUCUUAGCAGUGACACUGAUAGCCGCACAGUCCGCACAGUGAACAUGGCCACACUUACCGUGUGGAGACUGAGCACUAGUCAAUAUUAUGUACAUGUAAAACUAUUUUGAAUAGUGUAACAACAACUAAACAUUACCAAAUUAAAAACUUAAAUUUUGAAACAAAUGUUUUUUCGCCAAAUAAAACAAGAAGAGUACUCACCACAGGGCACCCAAUCUGCUAUUAUAGGCGAAAGUUAACCCCCCUUUUAUCUGUAAUUAGGACCAUUUGUAACGGGCACCCCCUCCAGUAUUAAUCGGCAGUUGCUAAGGAAGCUCUGUGCCAAAUUUGACACUUUUGUCACGUCUGUAACGAUCCGGCCUAUAUUUUGCACUAAGAGACCUGACUAUUGGUUCUGGAUUGGGACUCACGAGUUUUCACAAGAUGAGUCCCAAGACUCACCAUAACUUUGUGUAACAAAAUCUCUGUUUAGGCAUUGACAUUAUUUCCUGUUGUCUGUUGCAUUAGAUGGAAAGGAUUAGAAUGUAUUGAACUUGAAAAAGUUGGGUCAACCUUUUCAAGCUUUACAUGUAGUUCAAUGUCAGCAAACCUCACCAAAAAAUAUUUAUUGUUAGUGCCUCGUGAAAUGUGUUUGACAUCUUCAUAACUCUACAGGACCAUUUUGUGUAUGGGUUAAGGCCCUAAGAAAUAACUUCCUAGCCUACUUGUUGUAUUUAUGUCCACCUGACAACUAAAAAUCUUAGUGAGAGCCCAGAUUAAUGUUGCCUUUUCUUUACCAAAAUAAAUAAGAAAAAUCCUUCAGAAGACUGCUUGUAAAGUGCAUUUAAAUGUUAGUCAAGAAAACGUCAGAGACUGACAUGGGCUGUGUACAUUGCAUUGGCCCUGUUAGGGUCAAAUUCAGACAAGCAACAUAGCCCUGAAUCAGCAACAUAAGACAGAUGAAAUUGUGACAAAGAACCUUAGUUGAGUUGAAACUGUGACAGUGUAGGGAAGAAUCCCAAUUAUACUGACAGAGCGGCUUACCCCCCAAUAGAUGAAAUGACAGGUUUUGAAAUCCAGAGUAGAAACAUGCAUACCAUUCAGAUAACCCCUCCCCCUUGCCAAAAGAGGGUGUCAUUGUAAUAUGUUUGUCAAUAGACCAAUUUUGAUUUAUUAAUUGAAUUCAUACUUGACGGUGAGGCUUGGGGGAAUAAAACAAAAGAAAUGUAUUAUUCAUUGCUGAACCUUAAUUCCACUCCCCCAAGCCUCGCAGCCAAGUAGCAUUAAUUGGUAUAUUGGCAUCCUCAAAAUCUUGAUUUAGUAAUAAUUGUAACAAUUAUUUUUCUUAUAAUGCCUUUUAUUGGUUGAUCUUAUCGCUGUAUCUUCUUGUACCAUGUCUCUGUAGGUUCUAGAUAAAGUGGAUCUGCCAUUAUGUGAGCGACCUAAAAAACCUGAUCACUGCCCACCAGAAAUCUACAACGUCCUUAUAACAUGUUGUUGGUCACAUGAACCGCACCAAAGGGCAAGGUUUGCAGUAUUGAAGAAAUUAAUGGAUGAGGUAUGCAUCAAUAUGAUUUUUUUUCCCGUGUCAUCAAGCAUUGUACAAUAACACAAGUGUAUGAAAAAAAAAAUUUAAACAGAUCAUGAUAAUCAUUAUCAUAAACUUAACCUUAAUCAUAAUCAUAGUCAUAAUGAUCAUAAUCAUAAAAUUUGACAUUUACAAAUUUUGUUUGAGUUAUUCUGUAGGGUUAAGAUAAUAUGUGCAUCAGUGCAGGAGCUGUGUAAAAACUCAGUCAAUUUUUUUAUUUAUUUUUUUAUUUUUUAUUUUAUUUUUUUUUCCAGGCUCACCCUCUGAAUGGUGCUGCUGUCUAUCCCUAUGAAAGCAAAAGCCCAUCAAAUCUGAGUUUUCAAGCAGGAGAUAUCAUCACGCUGCUUGAUGCCAGGUAGGUACAGAACUAGCAAAUUCUUCAAUGAAUUCUUUUCAGCUUCUGCUUUUGUAGUUGGAUCGUAAACCAGCAGGCAAUGAUGAGCAUAUAUUAUAUUGAAAGGUAUGCAGAUCAUUUGCAAAGUAACGUCAAGUAACAGUGUUUGUAAUUUCUUACCAAAUUUUUAGUCCAGAAUCUUCAUGGUGGCGAGGCCAAAACAUGAGAACAAAGCAAGUAGGAAUGUUUCCCUCAGAACUUGUGGAGAAUGGAUUAAGACGAGGUAACCAUUCAUUUUUUUUUCUUUCUCAACAAUCGUGCUUUAACCUGAAGCCUGUUUAACAUACCCUUCGAGAAAAACGCAUGCUUACAUGUAGGAUACAUGUAGGUUAAUCGUAUCUGUUGACACCCUUGUCAUUUGCUUUUACAGCAGUUUCACCACCUGUAAGGCAUGUGAUUUCUCCAAAACAAAGGUAAAUAUCAAUUUUAUAUUUUGACUGACUGACAGAAUAACUUGACUAACUGAGUGCCUGGUUGGUUGGUCGGCUGACUGACUGACUAUCUGACUGAGCAACGGUCUGUAUGAUGACUGACUUAUUGGCUGUCUGGCUGAUGGAGUGACGAAACAGAAUGGCUGACUAAGUAGCCAGUCGACACACAGACUAGCUGGCCGAACGACAGCCUCCCAACUGGCUGAUUUGCUGUUCGUUUUCCUGAUUGUUAGAAGAAACUACUAGAGUAUUAUGUUACGUGUACAUGUUUUACCGCUUGUUUUCCCUGUCGGCUUUUUUACUAGUAGUCAUAUACGUCUUUGUUUCACUUUGUCUGUUUGUGUUUUUUUUUUCCCCUUAGACCUACAUCGAAAAAGACCUCCAAAAACUGUGACCAGCAGCUUCCAAGCUGCAGUAAGUACAUCACAACAUGUAGUGUUUCUUUGUGCACUCAGUGUAGCGCGAUUAAGUUGAAUUUAAUAAUCCUAGAAGUAUUCAUAAACUUCAUUAGACAAUACACUAAAAAAAUUGUUUGACUAAUGCGAGGUUCAUCUAGCCCCUGCCAGUAACACUGAGUGUGACAAAGUCUAGGUACAGGAUAAUUAAUAACUACAAAACAAUUCUCACAAUGCCAUCACCUCUUCUUCCUCCCCAUAUAAAUAAAGACAGCUUUUCAGGUUUGCUCCGCCAAAAAGUUGAGCUCUAACAAAGCCUGUCAGCCCCUGUUAACGUUUGGUUUUUGGAGACGAGAAAAUCUUUUCCCCAAAAUUAAGUAUUAGGCACCCUUUUUUCACCGGCUUAUAGCUGUUUAGCUUGCGUCGCAGAGGUAAUUUAACCCACGUCUGCGAAGAAGUACCGAGGUCCUUGUUCUGGAUUCAACGAAUUACAUUUAUCGGAAGUGCGUUUCAAUUUACUUUGAACCUGAUUGUCAGAUCGACAGUAGGUUUUUUAACAGACCAGGCCAGGUCGAAUCUGGUACACAGGUGGAGUUGGAGGCCAAGAACAGGGAUUUUGGCGCUGUUUCACAGAGGAACUUGACCAAAGUUAAGUUUCGUCACUGGCGCGGGCUAAUAGCUUUUGGUCUCCCAAAACAGUCUCGGCAGGCUUUUUCUGCGCAUUUGCUGAUUCUAAGCUGUCUUUAAUUUUUCAGGGUGUGGGAAGCCUCACAUUUAUGAGACACCUAUCCUCUUGGAUUCACAAGACUUGUCCACGGUCAGCAGCAGUGGAAGCACAUUUCGCUCUGUUGAGAGUGACUUAACUUCAUCUACUGAGGUUGACAGUGGCUACUCUUCCGGUGUAGACGUCCGAAGGCUCAAUCUUUCUAGCGGAGAAUACAGUUUGGAGCAACAAGAACCAUUUUUUAGUGCAGUGUACGAAAACACAGGCAUCGGUAAACGGAACACAAAGUUAAAAGGCGAUUCUUACGAGCUUAUGUCCCCUGCAUGUAAUCUUGGCGCCGUUUCUAACCCAAUUCCCAUUCCGAAACAAGGAGCUGGAGAACCACGAUACGUCAGGAAUCAUCAUAUUGAGCAAGUCACACCUUCGUUGUCAGAGGAUAGGUAUCCUUUGGAUUUCAACAACAUCUACAACCAGAAUUUGUGUAGCAUUCAAAAUGAAUCUCCUCCCGCGCUUCCAUCGAAAAUGUCAGCUUCGUUGCCAAGUCCUACGGUAGAGCAGAUGAACCUGAAACAACCAAGGAUUUCUAGAACAGCCUCUCCGCCUGGAAGCAAAAAAGUCCCACGUGAGACUGGUGCAGGAAAAACUGUUGCCCGGGUGAUGAACAACUCCCUAAAGGAGGUGAAAACCAAAAAAUCAUUUGAUGGUUCAUUGAUCAAGCCGGAGGAGGAUGAUAUAUAUGUUGAGUUGUCAAGGCCAGUUGGUGGAAUUCCAGCAGCUCUGCCAGUUGCUGCAACUGGCAGCACUUCCUCAAGGGACCCGCUGAAGGCAGUGAAUAGAAAUUCAUACGAAAACAAUUUUAUUCCAGUUAAAUGUGAUCCUCACAAAGAGAGGAGUGUCCCUGACCACGAGUGUGAACGAACCAGAUGCAAUUCAGAAUUUAAGUCGGCAGAGGACAGGACAGAUAAAAAUGGUCGCUGCAACACCUGGCCUACCCAGCAGGUCUAUGACAACCACAAAUUAAGGGGUGGUAGGGAAUCGACUACGUGCAGUGGUUGCUAUGACAAUCAUAAGAUAAACAACGAGGAAACCAAAGCUGCGUCGUCUGACUUGUCCUAUGAUAACUGGAAGAUUACAAACACACGUUUUCGUGAACAACAGACGUCCAACUCCUUCUAUGAGAAUGUUGAAAAACCUGUUGAUCAUUCUUUGAUGAACGGUGAGGAUGCUGACCACGACAAGACCACUCCUGAGAGAUCAAAUGGCUCCUUAAACAGGGAUAGAUCCGAGGACCAUAUUUAUGAAAACUCCCUUCCUAGUCCAGGACCAUUAAGCUAUGAGAACUUUGCUCCAAGGUUUAACGCAGAGAGUGACAAGAAAGGUAUAAACGAAGUUUUGUAUGAAAAUUGCGAGGUCCUAGACAAGAGGAAAGAAAAAUCAUACAAGAUAUUGAGCGAAGGUUUGUCAGGAAAUACACAUGAAAUUGGUAACAGAGUCAGUGAAGAAUUAUCCAGCUCAUUACCGGCAAAUUGUUGCUGUGUAGAUGUUGUUGCAGGGGAACACCCUCAGAGCCCAAUAAAUUUGAUAGUAGAGAAUCGUAACCUAAGCCCACUUACAAGAUCAAGAAGUGUCGAUUCUAUAAGGCAGUGCAAUUGUCUCAGUGAUGUAGACCAGAGCGAUGCCGAUGGCUCCCAGGAAUUCAUGGAUCACCCGGUUCCCCCUCCCAGAUGGAAGAGAAUGCAACGUUUAAAUCAGACUCGAUCUAUGGACGUCUGCACAAAAGAGACUUGGUCAGUUACCGUGGAUCCUAACAUUGCAAGUGUACUGAGGAGGAGGUGGAAUGGGUCCGUCGACAACGCUGGCGGAUCGUCUGCGAAGUCAUUUGGGGUUUCUCAAGAUCCACGGAUUGAAACUUCCAAAGAAGCGGAGAAACCAAGUUUGCCUUCACGUUCUAAAGCUACCAAUUUGGCUACCUCUGAAAUUGCGACCCAUUCUAAGAACACGUAUGAAAACGUGAUAUUACCAGGAAAGAUGUUUGGUAAAAAAGCUCCCUUGAGUUGCCCACCUAAACUUCCUCCAAAAAAGCAGCGAUCAGUCGAAAGCAAUUCCUGGAAGAUGGCCAAUUCGACGAGGAGAGCACAAGCUUACGAAAAUGUUGGAGUUUUGAAUGGUCACCCUUUGGAAAGUAAUGGAGUCGAUGAAGGUGACAAGAAAGACAGCACUCCUCCUCCACUUCCCAGGAAGAUGUCACAGAAAGGACCACCUCCGAUACCAUUUGGGGUUGAUUUGGAACAGGCCUGUUAA